CGUACAACUGCUUAGAGCGUAGAACGAUCCAUGUUCUAAUAAAAUCUCGCGGGAAAUAUAUGAUUUUCAAUGAGAAUUCAAUUCUGAUACCUAAUAUAAGUGGAAAUGACAAAUUGGUAGCUAUAUCUUGUUGAUUUGUCCGAUGAAAAAAUAGAAAGAAAAUCCAAAUCCAGAUCAUCAGUAGCAGUUGUUAUCAGUUGGAGUUGUAAACUUGCACAGUACCUGAUACAGAGGAGUUGGACUAACGUACAUUUACACGAUAAAUAUCUUUUGACAAUCUAGAUAUGAACGGUAAAGGCUUGAGAAGGAAAAAAUCAGCGCUCUGUGAAGUAAAAGUGGCAGUAAUAGGUGGCCCUGGCGUUGGAAAAAGCGCGUUGUCAGUGAGAUUUUUGACCAGGAGAUACAUCGGAGAGUACGAUCACCAGUCAGAAACUAGGUAUAAGCACGAGGUACUAGUAGACAAUGAACCAGUACUGUAUGAAAUUCUAGACACAUGUCCUAAGAAUGAAGAGGACCUUCCUUCUACUGAAACCAUAAACUGGGCUGACGGUCUGCUACUAGUCUAUUCCAUCAUCGACAGACGGUCCAUGUCAUAUUUGAAACGUGUAGGGUCCCUAAUAGCCAAUUCCGACAUUCCUGUGUACAUAGUUGCCAACAAAAAUGACAUGGUUCACCUGAGAGAAGUAAGUGCCGAAGAGGGCGCCAUUUUGGCGCGGCACUUCGAAUGCGGCUUCUCGGAGGUGGCGGCAGCCGAGAUGGUAGCGCCGGUGGCGGUGGUGUUCCAGGAAUUGUGCAGAGCCGUCCUGGCAGCGCGCAGGAAGUCCAAGCACUCACUGCUUGAGAGGAUGCUGGGCACCAAAACUUCCAAUCUGCGGCUGUAUGCGAGAGGAAAGAGCGAUAGUUGUUUGCCGAAGGACUAAUAGCGUUUUCCACUCGACUAAAACUGGAUGAGUGCUUCGACACUGUCGUUGUCUUCGUUCUCUACUCGCAAGAAAAGAGGAUAGAUGCUCGAAUAGGUGUUCACUGUUCAUACACAUACUGAGUUAAUUGCACUAGUUCAGUGUUUUGUCGAGUGGUCGAUUGAUUGAACUUG